GCAAUUAUGUUAAUCAGAUGUGAUGUGGAUGAUUCAUGAGUUCAUAUAAAAAAAUAUGUUAUUAUAUUUGUAAAUAAAUAUACUAGGAAAACGCGACUUUGGCGAUAUCUGAUUAACUAUGGGUAUAAUUUUUGGAAAAAAGAAAAAACCUGCGGGGAUAACUGAACAAGAUCGAGCAAUUUUACAAUUAAAAGAUCAACGUGAUAAAAUAAAACAGUAUCAGAGGCGAAUUGAGGCAACUUUAAAUAACCACAGGGAAUUAGCUAAACAACUUCUUCAAGAAAAUAGAAAAGAGCGUGCCAAAUUAUUGCUUCGAAAGAAAAGAUAUCAAGAACAAUUGUUAGUAAAGACUGAUCAGCAACUUGAAACACUUGAAAGGUUGACACAUGAUUUGGAAUUUGCUCAAGUAGAAAUUCGAGUUGUUGAAGGCCUUAAAUUAGGAAAUGAGGCCUUGAAAAAAGUCAACGAUAUUCUUAAGAUUGAAGAUAUUGAGAGGAUCCUUGAUGAAACCAGAGAAGGAGCAGAAAAACAACAAGAAAUAAAUGCUCUUCUCAGUGGCAAUCUAACAGAAGAAGACGAAGAAGCUGUAGAAGAUGAAUUAAAUAAGAUUCUUGAGGAGCAACUUCCAAAUAUUCCUGCAGAAGAAAUUCCAGCUGCUGGUACAAAUGAUAAACUGCCAGAUGUACCAACACAUGCCAUUAAAGAAAUUACCAAAGAGAAACAACCCAGGGAAGCGGUAGCUUUGGAAGCCUAAGUUAUGUAAACAUAAUGUAUAAUAAAUUUGUUUUUUGUUAUUGUUUUUAAGUAAAACUUGUAAGUAAUAAGCUGAUUACAUUUUCUAUUUUUUAACGAAAAUAGACGACCCUUUAACAAUC